AUGAGCAUCAAACAUGAGAUGAGAGUGGACAGUCAAAUGCAGACUUCAUCAAACACUGGCACCACUUACAGCUGCCGUCAGCUCGCCAACGUGCCAAUGUCUCGCGGGUGGGCACGCGAAUUGGAUCCAAGCUCGUUUCCCCCGAAUAAGCAAUCCGGAUUCCAAGCACCACAAGAGGAUGCUGACGCUCUACAUAGCUACUUGCUCCGCCGGCUCGCCUAUUCGUCAGUGAGCGAGCACAGCAAUAUUCAAUCCACCCUUGUGCACCCCUCUGCAUCUCUCUGCAAGGCCGGCACAUGCAUUCCUCUCAGAUAG